ACGCAGCGCUAAUGGAUGCAGCUCACAGGCAGCAGACGUGCUAGUGCUGCUGUGGAAAUACCUGUCAUUAAUUAACCAGCGGCAUUACUACAUCACCUAGUAUCAGGAAGAGCUUUCCUGGACUCGUAACCAAAUAGCCGGUGUGUGUUGCUUAUAACUAUCUGCAGACCCUGCGGUAAACUUCAGCUCACGUCUUCGGGUUUGCGAGUAGCCCUGGCUAUUCGGCAAUAGAGACCUGAAUUUGAGCAUCAUGGCCAACUCAGCUGUCAGUAUACGGGUUUUCUCACUCAACUGCUGGGGUAUCCGCUACCUUAGUAAAGAAUGUGCUCAACGUUAUGCUAUGAUUGGAGACCUGUUAAGCAAUGGGGAACAUGAUAUUGUGUUAUUGCAAGAGGUGUGGAGUGAGAAAGAUUUCAUUGGUUUGAAAAAGAAACUGGUCUUUAGUCAUCCUCACUCCCAUUAUUUUAAAAGUGGUGUCAUUGGCAGUGGACUGGCCAUUUUCUCCAAACACAGAAUCCAUGAUACAUUUCUUUACCGCUACUCACUUAAUGGUUAUCCUUACAUGGCUCACCAUGGUGACUGGUUUGGGGGAAAAGCUGUUGGAAUGGCAAUAAUACAAGUUGGCAACUUGACUGCCAAUGUUUACGUCACUCAUUUGCACGCUGAGUACUGCCGGGAGAAGGACUCAUAUCUACCUCAUCGAGUGGUCCAGGCCUGGGAGCUACAGCAGUUCAUACGUCACACGUCUCGAGGAGCCGAUGCUGUGAUUUUAGGGGGUGACCUCAACAUGCACCCACAGGACCUCGGCACCAGACUACUGAGGUCAUACACUGGACUGAGAGAUGCCUAUUUAGAGACCUCACAAUUUGACGGUUGUGAAGAUGGCAUAACCCUUAUAGCAGACAAUCCUUUUAUCAAUAAAAAAGAACUAGUUCCUUUUGAGAAGGGAAUACGGAUUGAUUACAUAUUAUUUAAGGGGUCGCUGAAAGCAGAGAUUCGAUGUGACUUCAUGUCCACCACCAAAGGCUCUGUUCCUGACAAACCUUUCCCUUAUUCUGACCAUGAAGCUCUGACUGCAGAUCUUCGACUAAAGCCACUCAUUUCACAAGAAACUACACAUGACAAUGACUCUACACAUGACUCUAGUAAGGUUGCUGAGUUGGUGGACAUUCUGACUGAGGCUCGUACUGAGGUGAAAGUGGGUCUGCACUGUGCCGAGAGAAUGCGCUACACCGCCACUCGCACGGGCAUCAUGGGGCUGGCUCUGCUUAUUCUGGAGCUAGCCAUCGCAGCUGUGCCCUGGUUGGCUUUGGGAGCAGAGCAACCUUUCCCUCGCACCUCCUUCUACUUACUGGCUGCCCUGUGCUGUACCAUCCUCAUCACAACAUUUCUGCUGUAUCUUUUUUACACAAUGGAGCUUAAGUCCCUGCAGGGAGCAGAGGAUCAGAUGAGGCUGGCUGUGGGGGGCCUGCAGGAGAGGCUCAGAGGGGUCUCUGUGGACCACACUCCACUCCGCAAACCCCCAGAGGGAGAGGAACCCAGUGAUUUUGACACAGAAGAAUAACACUGCUCCCAUCUGAUUUCAUUAGAUCACGUAAAAGGUGCACCAUGUAACUUUUCUGGUCUCCAUGGAGAUGUUAUUACUUUGAUGAUGCAUUGGAUUUAUACAGCACCUUUCAAGACAGAGAGCUUUACAAUGCAUUAUUCAUUCACUCCGCAGCCACAGCUGCCCCGGGGUUGACUGAUUGAAGCCAGACAGCCAAUCUUUCAAACUUAGGCAAAACACUACAACCACAAAGACGCUACGGUUUCUUUCACUAUAGCCAGAACCAUCACUACUGUGAUACCUGGUAUUCCCAGCGGCCUCUCAAAGAAGGACUUUGCCUGGAAUGUCUUCUGCAUGGCACUAAACUCAUCUGUCCUGUAUCUAUUAAAUUACUGUUGUUUUUAUUGCUCAAAAAUGGCUUAAAAACGUGCAUUCGUACUGUGAGUGGACUCACCUGUCCACAGUUUGGAUGUGUUACUUGACCUGCUGACCUCGCCUGCUUAUCUCUGUGGAGAUAGACAGUUGUUAUUCUGUACUGUGGAACAAAGCAAUAACAUCUCCAUGUUCCAUAGUUCACCUUUAACAUAAUGUAGUAUAUAGAUGCAUAGAAAUAUCUUCAGAUUGUGUUUUUACUUGAGAUUUGUACUUGUUUCACAAAAUGAAGGAAAUUAACCACAUUUGAGAUUAUUUGUUGACAGUACUGAAGAGCAAAUGCAGUAACAUUUUGUACAUUUUUAAGCAA